GAAUAAAAGGUUCCAAAGGUGCCACUGCGCUCUGGACGGCAAGGCAAGUACCUACGAACACAAAACCGACUCCAUGUUUUAAUUCAUACAAAACGCGAGUCUCGUUCGCCUUCGGCUAAUUUGGAGUUCGGAGUUGAGCAGUCUGGCAUUGCUUCUAUUAUUUUUCGCUUGUACGAACGUGUUUUUUGUGUUUGCUGUCGAUUUUGCUGUGUAGCCAUCAUGGAAAGCAAUAAUUGUGGAAAACAAUCUAUCAGAUUUAUUGCAGUAGGAAGAUAAUGAAAUAAAAAUAUCUGUGUUUUAUGUGUAAAGCUGUCGACGAGAAAGAAGAUUCGAUGCGGAUGUUAUUCGCUGAAAAUUGAUUGUGCUAUGCUGUGUGUGAUUUAUUCAAACUGUUCAUGCUAAUACUCAUCUGAAAUCAUGUUAUGUGUACUUUUGAGCAUAAAUUGCAUUCAUGAAACUGAAGGAGAAAAUUCUAAAGGUGUGUGAAUGUAUGUACUGUAGUUUGACCUAUCAGUGUUGCUAGAUGACAGAGAAAUUUCGAGUUAAUGGUUGAGUGCGCUGCACAGUGUAACUCUAAAUGCUCAAUAUGCUGGACUAGAAAGUUCGGAGUUGAUUCAAAUGCCCGUGCAGAAUAUAUGACUUGAAAUAAUUUAUGCAGUUUAAUGGACAAUUCAUUUCGAACGUGUACGUGCGUGGGGGUGGCAAUAAUAUGCAGCUCCGCUAAGUGGAAUUAUUAUGCCACAUUUUGUAGCGUCCGGCAAUAGAAUUUAAAUCGUAAAAUAAGGACAUACGGUGCCCUAUACGGCCAGGAACCGUUCCUAAAGUGUGAUAGGACGAAGCUUGUUUAAAGAGAAUUGAUAAAAAAGGCACGAAAAUCUAAAAUCGUUAGCAAACAAACUAAUAGGAGUAAUUGAAGGAAACGUGAAGCUAGAGCUAACAUCCUGUUCUUUUGGUGUAAAACGACAGUGAAAAGCAGGCUCCAAAAUCGUACUAGUUGUGCAAUUGUGCUCACCAGCUACAUAUGUGUUAGUGCCGAACUUGGUGUAAGUGUUGUUUAAAAUUUCUGAAUCGCACCGCUCAGUUAAAGUGUGCUGGAACGUGUACCCGAAGAGACGAAGAGGAGAAAGAAAUAACCUUCCGAGAUUUUCGAUGAAUAAAGUGUACUGUCAGUUUCUAUGAGUGUGUUAGUGUCAGUGCAAGCAAUUGAUCCGUACAACAGCGGUCACACGCAUACCAGUCACAGUCCAUUUGUUCGGAGCAGCAGCGGCAGCAGCAGUUUUGUAUACACAUAUUCGCAGUCUAGUUAUGGAUUCAAUAUGGCUGACGACACACGCAAAGUUCGUGUUGAGGAGCAAUUGAAAAUAAAAAUAGGUGAAGCGAAAAACCUCCUCGGUCGCAAUGGCAACAACUGCGGCGCCUCCUCAUCGGGCUCGAAGGAAAACCGCGAUGUGUACUGCACGGUCGCACUGGACCAGGAGGAAAUCUGUCGAACGCCGACGAUCGAACGAACGCUCAGUCCGUUCUUUGGCGAGGAGUAUCAGUUUGAGAUACCGCGCAGUUUCCGUUACCUGUCUGUGUACGUGUGGGACCGGGAUCGGCACCUGAAGCAGGACAAACCGUACGGCAAGAUUGCGAUCAAGCGGGAAGAUCUGCACCAGUACAAUCACAAGGACCACUGGUUCCCGCUGAGGCCCGUCGACGAGGACUCCGAGGUGCAGGGUAUGGCCCAUCUGGAGAUUACCGUCGACGAUGGUGUCGGUAAUCUGAAGCAGACGCACGAGUUUGACGAUUUUGGCCGGUUCCACAUGAGUCAGUCGACAAACAAUAGCAACUCCUCGUUUGGCAGUGUGAUCAGCAGCAACGGCAGUAGUGAUACGAAAGAAAACUCCACCUCCUCCCACCAUCAUGUACACCACCAGCAUCAUUUGGUGAACAAUUCUGCGAAUAGUACAAAUCUAAAGUUAAGUUUUCCAUCCAAAAACAGCGUUUCGGGAAGUAUCGGUAGCGGUAGUAUAGUAGGAGGAGGAGGAGGAGGAACAGGUACGCUGAGGACAAUCUUCGGUGGCAGCAGCGACUUUGGUAACAAUGUACAGCCAUUCCGCCAGAUUCUCGACACCUCGGGCAGCUCAAGCCGGAGUUCGCGCAUCUCGAUCAAAUUGACUGAGUGCAUGGAUUUAGCACGCAAAAAUGGUCUCUGUGAUCCAUUCGCAAUACUAACUGCUCACUAUUCGAAUAAGAAGAAAAUUACGAAACGUACUAAGGUGAGAAAGAAGACGGUAAACCCGGAGUUUGGUGAAACGGUGAGCUUCGAUCUGUGUGUGGAUGCGUGUGGCAGUGACUCUAAAAGUGAUAGCAACAACACCUACACGGUGGUCCCGCUUGGGGGAGCGGAUUUGUGUGAAGUGGUCAUUACAUUCUGGCAUGAUAGCCCCGGUAUGGGCGACGAUGUGUUUCUCGGUGAAAUUAAACUUCCGGUGCGUGGUAAACAGCAGCUGAAUGCAGUACAGAACAGCGCUUGGUACUAUCUGCAACCACGGACAAGUCAUUCGCGGCCGUCACGAACUUGUGCAACUCCUCCCGGAACUAGGCUCUCUUGUGAUAACUCGCUUGGAUCGCUGCGCCUCAAGCUAAACUAUACCGCCGACCAUGUGUUCCCGCUAGCAACUUACGAUCAGCUGUUGAAUAUCCUCAUCCAAUCCAUCGAUCAAAAACCCGUCACGGCCAGCGCAGUUUACAUUCUCGGCGAAAUCAUCCAGAACAAAACCGAGGUCGCACAGCCGCUGGUCCGACUGUUUACCCACACCGGUCAGAUAGCUCCGAUGAUUAAGUCCCUGGCGGAUCACGAAAUCUCGAAGCUGACGGAUCCAACAACAAUCUUCCGUGGUAACACGCUGGUCUCGAAGAUGAUGGACGAAGCGAUGCGACUGUCCGGACUGCAUUAUCUGCACAACACUCUGCGGCCAAUCGUGGAGGAAAUCUUCGCCGACAAGAAACCGUGCGAAAUCGAUCCGGCCCGGGUCAAGGACAAAAGCAUGAUCGAUAGCAACUUACUCAAUUUGCAAGACUACGUAGAGAAGGUAUUCGAAGCGAUCACCAACAGUGCGGUCAAGUGUCCGGCUGUCCUGUGCCAGAUUUUCCACGAUCUGCGCGAGUGUGCGGCCAAGUACUUCCCGCAGAACAAGGAGGUACGCUACUCGGUCGUGUCCGGUUUCAUCUUUCUGCGGUUCUUCGCACCGGCCAUCCUCGGACCAAAGCUGUUCGAUUUGACAACCGAACCAGUGGACGAACAAACCACCCGUACUUUGACGCUUAUCUCCAAGACGAUCCAGUCGCUUGGGAACCUGGUCAGCUCCCGGUCCGCCCAGCAGCCCUGCAAGGAGCAAUACACCGGCCAGCUGUACAAGAAGUUCUGCACCGAAAAGCACGUGGAGGCCAUCAAACACUUCCUGGAGGUGAUAUCGACGGUCGGCGCCAACAUUACCGACUGUGAAUCGACAGUCUUGGAGCCGGUAGUGCUGAAGGAAGGGAUGAUGACCAAGCGGGCCCAAGGUCGGAAGCGGUUCGGGCGGCGAAACUUCAAGCAGCGCUACUUUCGGCUUACGACCCAAUCGCUCAGCUACGCCAAGGCGAAGGGGAAAAGUCCAAUCUGUGAUAUACCGCUGUCUGAGAUUUUAGCCGUCGAGCGGCUCACCGAGAGGAGCUUCAAGAUGCAGAACAUUUUUCAGAUCGUGCGCAAGGAGCGUCCCCUCUACGUGCAGACGGCAAACUGCGUCGAAGAGAAAGAAUGGGUUGACCUGCUAAGUAAAAUCUGCCAGAGCAACAAGGCACGGCUGGAGCACUUCCACCCGUGUGCCUACAUCACCGGCUUGUGGACCUGCUGCAAGGAAUCCGACCAGUACGCGCCCGGUUGUGCUGCUGUCUCACCGAAACCAUUCCAGAUGGAGCUGUCAACGGCACUGGACCCUGCCCGGGACCUCCAGCGGUUGCACUCGCUCAUCAUGGUCAACUUUGCCAGCCUGGAUCCAACGCUAAACGCGACGGGCGAUGAUCCGGCGGCCGCCCGCAAGACGAUCAAAAAGCUGAACGAGAUUGCCAACUCGCUCGAGCGGAUCCACCGGAAGUACAAGACAAUACUGGCGCGGGAAAUGCGCUACGGCAGCCGGCAGGCCCCGAUCGGCGACGACAAUUACCUGUAUACUUCGCGGCUGAUGGCGGCCGGUAACAACCUGGCGGCGACAGCGGCGGCCGCAGCCGCUUCCAUCAUCCCACAGCACAUUGAAAAGUCACCACAUUUGUUUCACCGCAAUCACCCGCUGCGGUCGUCGGAUAACGAGCGGUUCUCACAGUGUUAAGUUUUUACUUCUUGAUUGUAUGUUUUGCCUUAUUUGUAUCGUAGGAUUAGGUUAUUUAUUUUUGUUUUGAAAAGACCUCUUUUGUGUAUUUACCAUUUUUUACGGAGAUGCAAACGAUGUCUCUCUCUUCUGACUUCUUUCGAUUUUGCAAGCUUUAACAAAAACCGGGUUCUUUUGUAGGAAAAAAGAAACAUAAAAAUAUUUAACGCGUUACGCACAAGUUUAUUUUUGUUUUUUGUUGUAAAGACAAAACGCAAGUAAAAAUAAAAUGUACAGCAUUAUUGUGAGCAACAACACCACAGAAAUAAAACAGCCCGUUUUUAAGUUCAGUCCGCCAGUUAAUGCAAACCGCCUUUGUUCAUGUUCAAAAUAAGCUUAAUUUACGCAGAUCACAUUCAGUUCUUACAGUUCCGAAUAAAUAGUGGGGGUCUUCACAUCGAGCUCGUAUACGAAUACCCAGCCGUAAACGGUGUAUCUUCCAUUACUCGUCAGUGGAGGUGAGUAUUUUUACGGCUGGGUAUUUGUUUACGAGCUCGACAUGAAUACCCAUAGUAUCAAAAGAAACCAAACGUAAUCUCAAACAUAAGCCCUCAUAACCCACGAGAACACACACGAGAGAUUAAGAAUGAUGCAUGCGAACAACCAUCAAAAGUUCACUAAUAUUAUGUAAUACAUGUAGCAAUGUCAAAGUAUUUCCGAAAAGUAGAGAAACAAAACAAAACUCCCAAUUCCUGCCAGUGUUGUGUCAUUUCGGUCGAUAUUAGAAACAGCCAUCACGGUUCGCGCGGUGAGCUGGGAGUUAGCAAAGGAGAAGCUAUGCUUUGAGUUAAACUUAAAACUACACCACGGUAGCCAGGCUUAUCCGCUGACUAGGAAUUCGCGAUUCGAGACUCAAUAUUUGAGUCGAGAGGCGAGCAAAAACGCAAUGAACGUUGAACAAAGCUAAUCUAAACAAAACAAUUACAAAUGAUCAAAAUAUACUGCAAAGAUUUAAGCUAUUAUUACUACUAAUACUAUUACUACUGCUACCUACUGUCUACUGUCUAAUUGAAGAAACAAGGGAACUAAAACGGUGUAUAAGAUUGAUGUCAUUGAAGCAAAAUAAUAAAAGUAACAAAUCCCUUUCUGCACGCUAUGAACAGAGAAGAAUGAGCACAGAACAAAAAAUCCAUCCCAAUAUAUAUAUAUUUUAGAGUUUUCCGUAAAGAAAGAGAUUUAUAAAUAAACCUGAUGCGAAAAAAAAAUGCCGGUAUG